ACGUCUUUCUAUAUACUGGAUAUAGUGAACAGGUUUCGACGUAGAAAGUAAGCUAAUCAACAUUACCAGCAGUACGAUUAGCCAUGUCACUGACAGAGCUGAGGUUGAUUUAGCAGUGGAGAUACAUCCUUCAGCAUUAUAUCUACCAGGGAACGUGGUAUUGUUAGAUUUCGAAGCAAAUUGCUUUCGUGUAGAGCAAAGCAAUUUCAAAUAUGAUAGCCAUGCCUACAGGUUGAAAUUUGUAUCGAAAUUACUAUUAUGUCCAAGGGUGAGAAUUCAGAAAGAGAGGUAUGAAAUUGACAACGGUUCACGCAGUAUGAAGUUACUGCCAAACGGUCCAGUACUUGCCUUUGGGAAUUACGAACUCUCAGUCAACACCACAGCGAUAAUUUGUGUAGAGGACUUUACAGACAUGGUGGAGGGUAGAACCUCUGUGACAGAUGAGGAGGAUUUGCUGUCGUCAGUCCUCAGUAUUGUGUCAUUCCUUUGUACGUGUCUGUCUAUACUCUGUCUCAUCAUCACCUUCCUUACCUACUGUUUCUUUCCUGAACUACGUACCAUUCCUGGUAAAAACAACAUGUGUCUAAUAGUUUCCCUCUUUUUCUCUCAAUGUCUGAUGCAGUUUGGAAUGAAACAAACUCAACACACACAUCUCUGUAUGAUCAUAGCAAUAUUUCUCCACUUCUUCUGGUUAUCAACUUUCUUCAGUAUGAAUGUAUGCUCCUUCCACAUGUAUAGGGUGUUUGUUUUUCCGUUGACGGGGGCGAAGCGAGUUCACAGAUGGACCUGCUUUUGGUACGCCUGUUAUAUAUUCGGGAUGUCCGCCUUGAUUGUAACUGUAUAUAUAGCUUUGUCUGUGACAGUCUUUGACUCGGAUAACCUUGGAUAUACAGGUAAUGGAAACUGUUUCCUAACCUCUUUUGAAUCCGUAAUCGCUACGUUUAUAUCACCAGUAAUGCUAGUGUGUCUUUCAAACGUCAUUUUCUUUGUGGUAGUCGCUUACAAAAUUGCAACAGCACCUAAUGUUCCAUCGACCAGAAACGUCCGGAAGGAGUACCCUCUGUAUGUUAAACUAUUUGUACUUACUGGUGCCACGUGGUUGUUACAAAUUAUAGAUGCAUUUAUCCCUCUAUCGGUGUUCUCUAUAAUCUCUGGAAUCAUGAAUUCUUCCCAGGGUAUUUUUAUCUUUCUAUCCUAUUCUACCAAUAGCCGUGUCCGCAAAUUCUACAAAGAUAGAUUAUCCAGUACUCGGACAUCUGAUAUAUCACAGAGGAAAAGGGGAUUUGUUGAAAUGCCAAACAGUGCUGACUGUUAUGACGAACACCACCAGGAUUCAGGGAUAUAAUCCCGACAGUUGGACAUGUUGGAAAUCUGACUGAACGUAGAUUUAACCUAGAUUUGCCGUAUUCAGAAACAAGAACAUAAUGUCUCUGUUACUCCCUGGGUGGUGAAGUAUCUGUCAACCUUUAAGGCAUUACAGACAACACGAGCUGGCAAAAAUACAAUGACAUCACGGC